UUUACAGACGGAGACGUUUGUGGCGGGGGUGCAUGGCCGACGGACUUUACCGCAAUGUUUAUUUGCUCUGUUUUCUGUAGAGUAGCUGUGUAAGCGGUGCGUCAGAGAGGGAGCAGAUGCGGCUCUUACCAUGACUCGUCCCGGGAAGCAGUGCUUUCAAGCGGCGUUGAUUUUCCUGACUGUCGCCCAGCUGACUGCAGGUUUGAAGUGUGUGUGCCAGCUGUGUGCCAACAACACCUGUGAGACAGCAGCAGACGGCGCUUGCUGGAACUCUGUGAUGCUGAUCGAUGGGAAGGAGGAGGCAGUGAAGUCCUGCCUGUCCCCCUCUGAGAUGAAAGGCCAGGUCUUCUGCUACAGCUCCAGAAAUGUCUCCAAAAGGAACUGUUGCUUCACUGACUUCUGCAACAACGAGACCCUGCACCUAUACCCAGAGAGGCCUUCAGAAGAACCCGGCUGGAGCAGGCUGCAGCUCAUCGUGGUGAUCCUGGUGCCCUCCUGCUUGCUGUGUGUAGGGAUCCUGCUAGGCGUCUUUGUUGUGCAGGGCCACCGUUGUGCCUACAGGCGAUCCCACAAGCAGGACCCGGAGGAGCCUCUGGAUGAUCAGUUGCUAAUGUCACCUGACAGAAGUCUCAAAGAUCUGAUAUAUGACAUGAGCACUUCUGGUUCAGGAUCAGGGCUGCCACUGCUGGUCCAGCGAACCAUAGCUCGAACCAUCGUCCUGCAGGAGACCAUCGGAAAAGGUCGAUACGGCGAGGUGUGGCGCGGCAAGUGGAGGGGCGAGGACGUGGCAGUUAAGAUCUUCUCUUCCAGGGACGAGCGCUCGUGGUUCCGUGAAGCUGAGAUCUAUCAGACUGUCAUGCUCAGGCACGAAAACAUCCUGGGCUUUAUUGCUGCUGAUAACAAAGAUAACGGCUCAUGGACUCAGCUCUGGUUGGUGUCAGAGUACCAUGAGCACGGCUCCCUGUAUGAUUACCUGAACAGGCACACGGUCUCAGUGGAAGGCAUGAUUAUUCUUGCUCUGUCCAUAGCCAGUGGGCUGGCACAUCUCCACAUGGAAAUCAUUGGCACACAGGGGAAGCCAGCCAUUGCUCACAGAGACCUAAAAUCUAAAAAUGUCUUAGUGAAGAAGAACGGGACGGCGGUGAUUGCAGAUUUGGGUUUGGCCGUGAAACUCGACUCCAGCACAAACACCAUAGACAUACCAUCCAACCACAGAGUGGGAACUAAGAGGUACAUGGCUCCAGAAAUCCUGGAUGAGACAAUCAAUAUAAACACCUUUGAGUCGUUUAAGCGGGCGGAUAUCUAUUCAUUAGGCCUGGUGUUCUGGGAACUGGCCAGAAGAUGCUCCGAUAGGGGACUUCAUGAGGAUUUUCAGCUGCCUUAUUAUGACAUGGUGCCUUCAGAUCCAUCCAUUGAGGACAUGAGGAAAGUGGUUUGCGAUCAGAAGCUCAGACCCAGCAUUCCCAAUCAGUGGCAGAGCUGUGAGGCUCUGCGUGUGAUGGGCAAGCUGAUGAGGGAGUGCUGGUACGCCAACUCUGCUGCGCGACUGACUGCUCUGCGGGUCAAGAAAACCUUGUCUCAGCUAUCCGUUAUCAAGGACAUCAAAGAAUAGUUAGAUUUGUUGCUCUGCAGAUCGGCACUGGUGCUGGCGCUGGUGUAAAAUAACUGACCUCUCUUACUGCCCGAGACGGCCCCCACACCGUCGGAGAGCUUCAUCGUGUCGUCGUUGGUGCCAAAGUAUUGUAGGAGUCAUUUUUUAAAGCUUUGCACUUAGACACCUUGUGAAGCAACAUUUUAACCAAACAGCUAAACUCUUGGUAGGAAGAGCCAUUAUAAAUAAGUCGUGUUUGAUGUAUAAAUAGAUUAUUUUGCUACCUCAGUAUCAUAAGUGCCCAAAGCUUGAAGUUGCACAUUGAUAUUUGUGCCAUAUCUUGUAGCCAAUACAGUAUUGCUGGGUAGUUAAUGUGCUAAAUGACAAUCUUGUAGGAUACUGGAUUUAAACGAAACAAAACAGCUGGUUUGACUGUUUUUUAAUGACAGACACACAUACAGAUUUUCCCUGUUAAUCAGAAGUGCUUCUGCUUGACCGGCACUCAUGUACACAAAGCACUAAGCUUACAAGUAAAAGAUCAUCUUUAGCUCAAUGCAUCCAAGGUUUGCUAAUGAAAAAUUAACUCACAGGAAUUGGAUAAUUAAGGGUGUUAUAAGCAGAAGAAAUGUAAUGGAGUGAUGAACUUUUCAUCCACUGGUGCCAAUGGUCACUACAUGAAAAGGGUAUUUCAGCAUAUAGAGUGCAACUUGAACUAAUGAAAGUUUAUCCCGACAAAGAAAUAUUUCUGACAUUGUUUGAUUAACCAUAAAAAUCACUACAAAUACAUAUUUUUAAUAUAAAGAUAAGAAAAUCUAUGAAUGUCUAUUCUAUUCUUUUUCUAAAAAAAGCUUUCUGCUGCUGAACAAAAACGAGCAAUUAUCCGAUAAAUGUAAAAUAAAACAUCUAAACAAAAGCCUAUAUAUAAUUCAAAUCCAUUGUUUUUAUAUAAACCUGACUUAUUUUUGCAUUAGGUGAAAAAGAAAUUGGCAAAAAAAGCUGCCGAAGGUGCAAACGUAGCGCAACAUGCUGCUGAUUACUUUUACAUACCACAUAAGGGGAGCACAGUUUGAAUAUGGGUUCACAUUAGCAUCACUAGCACCACUGACUAACAUGGCCUACAGAGCCUCGACAUAAACAGGCUUAGAGGAAGUGCAGAAAUCUGAAUCUGCACACGAUUUGUGCACACAUGUGUAGGUGUGCUUGCAUGUGUGUUUGAAAUCAUGCAAAGUGACUCCUUAUUUAAAGCUGUGGAUUGAAAUAAUCUGAACAAUCGGUGUAGUGAUUGUGAAACUGUGAAACAUAACAAAUAUACACUGAGGCUUUUCAUUCACAUCCUGUCCAUAUGUUCAUGUUUUUAGUUUCAGAGACAAGUGACAUACUUCAAUAUCUGUGCUUGGUAUCAGUGUUCGCCUAUUUUGCAGUAUGAAAGCACUUAUUGUCAGAAUGACUGAAUAAUAUGUAGUAUCAGCAGUGUUGCCUCUGAAAAUAAGCUAUGUACAGUAGCCUGUUGCUCUCUUGGCAAAAUGUGCAAGUCUUCAGUUUUUAUUUCUGUAAAACUAUAAGGUACUUUUUUCUAUAAUUACUGAAAAUUAGAAUGUUAUUAUUAUUUAUAUGUUCUGUAUUGUGUCUUAUCUGCUUCUCUAUGAAGACACAAAAAGGGACAGAAAGCAGAUAGCAAAGCAUAUCACCGUGUGCAAUUUCUGGUUUCUGAUCUCACAUAUAAUAUAGAAUUUUAAACAAAGUAAGACCUACUUUUGAUUUUAAGCCCGCCAUCAUUUAAAUAUACAUGUUUGAUGUAUCGAAAACUGUUUUGUGUUACUUCCUCAUACUGCAUUGUGUCGUCUCUUUUUGCACUAUUUAUUAUCCAUAUAAAAUGUGAUGUCAGUGGGUAAAUAAACUUUUUCACUGA